UUAGAUCGGUAUAAAGCGUACAGCUUGGUACGAAGCACGUGCAUACGUGUAUAUAUGUGUAUAUACAUAAAAAAAUAUGAAACAAUUUUCGUGCAAUUUAUAUGGCUUAUUCUUUAUGCCUGUGACGCAUCGGUUUUUUACAUAUUUCUUGUCGCAAUUAACAAAUAAUCUCACAAUGUUGCUAUUGCGGUGUCGUCGAUUAAAAUAACUAAACUAAAAUGUAUAGAAUUUCUUAUUUAAAUAUACAUAAGCACAAUAGAAUAAAUGUUACAGUUAUAUCUGUCGUAUAUAACUAUAAACUCAAGCUCAUGCCUAAGCACACAGCUUAGUUGACUUUACUUCAUGUGAGACUACAGAUGCCUGUCGACACUGUGACAAUCAUGGAUUUUUUUGUUGGUGUAGAUGUGGGAACAGGAAGCGUUCGAGCAGCUCUAGUUACUUCGAAUGGAAAGAUAAAGAAGGUGGCUACAUGUCCUCUUGAAAUAUUUCAUCCUGCUCCAAACUUUUAUGAACAAUCCUCUGAUAACAUUUGGAGCGCUGUGUGUCAUGUUGUCAAGUCAGUUGUCGCCGAAAUUUCUGCAGAAGAUGUUAAAGGGAUUGGUUUUGAUGCUACAUGCUCUUUGGUGGCUAUAGAUAAAACAGGCUCACCAGUAACAGUCAGUCUUUCAGGACAGGAAAAACAAAAUGUCAUACUAUGGAUGGAUCACAGAGCGCACGAAGAAGCUGAUUUCAUCAAUUCUAUAGGUCAUGACAUAUUGCAAUACGUAGGCGGAAAAGUUUCUCUUGAGAUGCAAACACCAAAGAUGUUGUGGCUUAAAAAGAGUUUACCCACUUCUUGGAACUCUGCAGCAUUGUUGUUUGACUUACCAGACUUUUUAACAUGGAAGGCCACUGAAUCGGAAUCGCGAUCGUUGUGCUCGUUAGUGUGUAAGUGGAACUAUAGCGCCAAUCCCGAUGGUAAGAACGGAUGGAAUGAAGACUUUUUUGAGCAACUUAAUUUACGAGAUCUGAAAAAAGACAAUUGGAGAAAAAUAGGUAAUGAUGUAAGAGUGCCUGGAGAUGCGAUUGAGCCUGGAUUAUCGGCGAAAGCUGCGACAGAAUUGGGCUUAUUAAAAGGUACACCGGUUGGAACUUCACUGAUCGAUGCACAUGCUGGUGGCCUUGGCAUGAUUGGUUGUUACGCACCAGAUGUCUCUCCAAAUUUCUCCAGUCGAUUAGCUUUGAUUUGUGGUACUUCGACAUGUCACAUGGUAGUGAACGAGAAUAAGAUAUUUGUAAACGGUGUCUGGGGCCCGUACUACAGUGCGAUGGUGCCUGGUUUCUGGCUUAAUGAAGGAGGUCAAAGUGCUACUGGAAAGCUGCUCGAUCACGUUAUCGAUACACAUCCCGCGACACCGGGAAUUCUGAAGACUUUAGGCGGCAAUAAACAUAUUCAACAAUAUCUGUCCGAAUUGUUGUACGUUAUGGCUGAGCAAAAAAAUCUGCCAAACGUGUCUUAUUUGACAAAGGAUAUACAUGUGUGGCCUGAUUUUCACGGCAAUCGUUCGCCUCUUGCUGAUCCCACUCUGAAAGGAAUGAUAUCUGGAUUAUCCUUAUCUGUAGACCAGGAGAACUUGGCAUUAUUAUACUUAGCAGCAUUGCAGGCACUAACGUACGGAACAAAAUAUAUAAUUGAAACCUUGACGGUUGCUGGUCAUAAUAUCGAGACCAUAUUAGUUUGCGGUGGACUCAGCCAAAAUCCACUGUUUAUUCAAAUACAAGCCGAUGUGUUGGCGUUACCGGUUCUUUGUCCCGUAGAGCGAGAAUCGGUUUUACUAGGUUCGGCAAUUCUUGGAGCAUGUGCCACGAAAAAAUAUUCUAUACACGAAACUAUCAAAAGAAUGGCGGGAUUGUCGAAUAUAAUAAAACCUUCAAAUGAAUGUUAUAAAUAUCACCUUCGAAAAUAUCGUGUAUUUAAAAAAAUGAUUCAGGAUCAACAAAACUACAGAAAAUUAAUGAGCGAAGAAUUAUAGUCUAUUUUUUUAUCUCUUUAGCCUAAAUGAAUAAUGAUAAUUGUAAGAAUAAACUGUGCAAUGAAUGACUUGCACAAUAGGUGUUUGAAUGAAGGUAAAUAAGAUUUGUUCAGCAAAUAUUUGAUAAAUUUUUAGAAAGAAUCUCUGCAAUACUAUGAUUAUAAUGCAAAUGUACAAAUGUUAGAAAUGGAUUUAUUAUUAUAAAAAUUUAAGAAUUUGAUUUGAAAGUGUGGUUUAUAAAGAAAUGAUACUUUAUUGAAAAGUAUCAAUAUCGUAUACAAAGUAUCUUUGAUUUGUAGCCGUAUGUAGCAUGUCAAAUUAAUGGAAGACAUUUACUGUGAUGUUAAUAGUAAUAUUAGUCCAUAUUCACCUGUACUAUUGAUGAUUUAGAAUAAUGCUAUUAUACUGAUAUAAUGACAGUUUAACAUGGUGAAGAACUUUGUGGCGAUAAACAUUUUCUGCAGUUGAGCCUAUCUUACGAUCUGAAAAAAAGAAAGAACAGUGCUUUUAUUAUUAUAUAUAUUUUUAUAUUCA